AUGCUUGGUGUUUUCCGCCAAUUUGGCGUCUCCCAGGCGCUCCGCACAUCUGUGCUUCGCACCCCUUCCGUACGAUGGGCUCCUCAGCUGUCCAAGUUGCAGCCUUUGGCCAUCCGGACUCCUGGUCUGAGCCGGUCGUUCCAGACCUCAUUCCCUGCCCUCAAGGCUGCCGCAGGACCGGUGCCCACUGAGAUCGAGGAAGAAGAAUUGAUCACCAAGUUCGCGGAUCUCAAGGAAAAUGAUAUCAUUGACCCAAUGAUCGUCCGAAACCUCACACACCCUGCUCGCAUGGGACUGGAGACCAUGACUCCUGUCCAAAGCGAGACCAUCCACCAAAUGCUGAAGGGUGACGAUAUUCUGGCACAGGCCAAGACCGGUACCGGAAAGACUCUCGCCUUCCUUCUCCCGACCAUGCAGAACAUCCUGAAUGAUCCUACUCUCAAAUUAAAAGGCCAGAGCCAGGCACACAGACGUGGCCCAAGGGCCAACUCUGAUGAUAUCAGGGCCCUUAUUAUCUCACCCACUCGUGAGCUUGCCGAGCAGAUCGCUGCGGAAGCCCGGAAGAUGAUUCCUGGCACUGGUCUCUUGGUCCAGACCGCAGUCGGCGGCACACAGAAGAGAGCCGGACUUCAAAAGAUCCAGCGUGAGGGUUGCCACCUGCUGGUCGGUACUCCUGGUCGCAUCAAGGAUAUCCUUUCCGACCCUCGCAGUGGCGUAUCGACUCCCAUGCUGAACACCCUCAUCUUGGAUGAAGCCGAUCGUCUUCUUGACCAAGGCUUUGCUGAAGAAAUCAAUGAGAUUCAGACUCUGCUUCCGGAUCCGCUUCAGGUGCCCCGCCAGACACUGAUGUUCUCCGCCACUGUUCCCAAGGAAGUUUUGAAGAUGGUUAACCGAACCAUGAGACCGGAUUACAAGUAUGUCAAGACAGUUCGUGAUGACGAGACCCCGGUCCACUUGAAGGUGCCACAGAAGUUUGUUCUCCAGCCGGGCUAUGAAAACGCUCUUCCUGGUGUCCUCGAGCUUGCCCAACAAUAUCAGGCGCGUCAGCAGCAGGACCCGGAGUUGCGGCCAUUCAAGGCGAUCGUCUACUUUAACUCCACUAGUGAGGUUCAACUCUCUGCUCAGGCUUUCCAGAAUUUGCCCCGCGGCAGCCGUGAGGAUACCUCGGCGGCCCCUCUAGGUCGCAUGCGAUUCCUGGAGAUUCACUCGCGCCUUAGCCAGAAUCAGCGAACCUAUGCUGCCGAGGCUUUCCGACGUGCCAGUGAGGCUAUUCUCUUCUCCUCUGACGUGACUGCUCGUGGUAUGGACUUCCCGGAUGUCACCCAUGUCAUCCAGAUUGGCGUUCCCAACGACCGGGAAACUUACAUCCACCGAACUGGCCGUACUGCUCGUGCUGGCAAGACCGGUGAGGGCUGGGUCUUCAUUCACCCCAACCAGAUCGACAGCUUGAGUGACAAGUGUCACGGUAUGCCUGUCAACCAGGAUAAAGAGACUCUGCAAACUUCCCUUGUGGAUAUGACCAAGGAUCUAGAGUCUGCCCCUCCGGCCGCGCGCAACGCCAUUGAGCUUAUCAACACAGCCAUGACCAAGGUCCCCGCAGACCUGAAGUUUGUCACUUUCCGCGCCCAGCUGGGCUCCACCCUCAAUACUUUUAACAGCAAACGCACUGCUAUUAUCACCCUCAACCGACUUGCCGUCCACGGAUAUCGUAUGGAAGAGCCUCCGGCUUUGAGCUCUGCCCUCGUGAAAAACCUUGGACUCCGAAGAAUUUCCGAGGUUAGAGUCGAUGACUCUCGUUCUUUCGGCGCCCCACGUGGAGAUUCGUUUGAGAGGAGGUCCGGUGGUUUCGGUGAUCGUGGAUCCCGCUCUUACGGAAGCGACCGUGGCUCUCGCUCUUUUGGCGGUGAUCGCGGCUCGCGCUCUUUCGGACGUGAUCGUGAGCGCUCUUUCGGCGGCGACCGUGGCUCUCGUUCUUUCGGACGUGACCGUGAUUCGCGCUCUUUCGGACGUGAUCGCGAAUCUCGCGGUGACCGUGAGGAGCGUGGCUUCCCCUCCCGUUUUUUUGAAUAG